GGGUGAAAAUGUGCAUCCUGCUUAAUAAAUUUAGUUAUUUUUGAAAUUAUUUUUGACAUAUAUUUGAGCAAGUAUUGAUAAUUGAAACUGUCUUAAUCAAUCGUUUAUACAUAAUGUUCAUUUGUUCUCUAUAAUCUAUUUAAAUUUUUUAAAGAGAAAAAAAAAUUGGGAGGAAGAAACCAUGCAAUUUAAGGAGCAAAGGGUAACGCUUGCCAAUACUUUGAUGAAGUCCUUGGAAGAUAUUGAGGAAGAAUCUGGUUUGUUCUUAAUAAAGCCAACACUGUCAUGGAAAGGAAGAUCUGCUUCCACGAAAAAUAAGGCAAAAGUAAGUGUUCACCAGAGAUUGACUAUAAAAAAAGACCUGCUGCAACAAGUUCCUUCACCUUCCUGCAGAGUUUCUAAACCAACGGUUGCAUCAUCUGAGAUCAGUUCUUCAAUGCCGCAAAUAAUAAGUCUUACCAAGAGCUACUAUGAGAAAUUACAAGACCUUCCUUCACAUAACAAUAAAAAUCCAGGGUCUGUUGAGAACUAUAUUAAGGGCUUAUGGAAAAUGCAGAUUGAUAACCCAGACUCUGCAGCAGUGUGCAGAACUAUGCUCUUCACCACACCAAAACUUUUGGAAAUAGAAUUUAAAAGAAAUGGAAUUGCUCAACGGAAUGUCAGCUGCAAGUUGCCACAGUUGACACUCCGAGACGAUGGGAGGAUGGAUUUAGUCUACAAUAAACUCCAAAGUGAUUUCACAAAGAAGCACGCAUCUUCACUUCAUGCGGCUUUACCAAAGAACAUCCAAGAAAAUGAAGGUAAAUAUCUUUAUGGCAUAAAUGUUUGAACAUAACGCUGCAUUGAUUGUAAUAACCUUUUUCUGAACGCACCAGAUACAUGCCGAAGACUUUUAUCUUUCACUUACAAUAAAUUUGGUUAAAUGCUAUGUGCAUCCCUAAAUUUGCAAAUCAACAAUUUAAAUAAUUAAAGUAACAGGAAUUUGGUUGUUUUGUGAAUCUGUAGAAACACAAUUAAUUUACAAAUUUAUCCAAAAGCCCCAUGCCCACUCGCAAUAUAAUGCCUUACUCAGUUACAGAAUGUGUUGGGAAUCAAGGACCUGCUUAACAUGGUUUCCCUGCAUCUAAUAUGAAGUAUUCAGUCAGCCUUCAACCAGUCAUAAGUAGAAGUAAACAUAAGGAUAGAUUCUAUCCAUCAAAUCACAAUUGGCACGUGUUUUUGCUGUCUUAUGAUUGAUUGAAGCACCUUGUUUGAAGGUGUAGGGUUCAAUUUAUAAAAAGAUAAUUUGCUAAUGGUUAAGACCUUCAAGUUCCUUGAUGUAAAUAUUACCAACGAGCUGUUGUGGACCAACCACAUUGAAGCGGCAGCCUAGAAGACACACCAACUAAUUUACUUUGUCAGGAGACUGAGGAAAUUUGGCAUGUCUCUGAUGACUCGAACAAACUUCUACAGAUGCACCAUCGAAAGCAAGCAUCAGUUUGGUUUGGGAACAGCUCCGCCCCAAAACACAAGAAAUUGCAGAAAGUUGUAGAUGUAACCCAGUCCAUCACACAGACCAGAUUCCCGAUCAUUGACUCCGUCUACAUUUCACCCUGCCUCAGGAAAGCAGCCAACAUAAUCAAAGGUGGUCAAAAAGGCUUUUGACGCAUUGGCCUCGUCAGUCAGAGCAUAGAGUAUAGAAGUUGGGAAGUCAUGUUGCAAUUGUAUAAGACGUUGGUGAGACCGCAUUUAGAAUAUUGUGUUCAGUUCUGGGAACCAUGUUAUAGGAAAUAUACUGUCAAGCUUGAAAGGGUUCAGAGAAGAUUUACGAGGAUGUUGUCAGGACUAGAGGGUAUGAGCUAUAGGGAGAAGUUGAGAAGGCUGGGUCCCUACUCCUUGGAGCGCAGGAGGAUGAGGGAUGAUCUUAGAGAGGUGUACGAAAUCAUGAGAGGAAUAGAUUCUCUUGCCCUGGGAAGAGUGUGGGAAUUGAGGACCCGAGGACAUAGGUUCAAGGUGAAGGGGAAAAGAUUUAAUGGGAAUCUGAGGGAUAACUUUUUCACACAAAGGGUGGUGGUGUAUGGAACAAGCUGCCAGAUGAGGUAGUUGAGGCAGGGUCUAUCCCAAUGUUUAAGAAACAGUUAGACAGGUACAUGGAUAGAACAGGUUUGAAGGGAUAUGGAUGAAACGCAGGGAGGUGGGAUUAGUGUAGUCGGGACAUGUUGGCCAGUGUGGGAAAAAUGGGCUGAAGGGCCUGUUUCCACUAUAUCACUAUGACUCUAAGACCUUUCGCACCAAUGCAAUUCUUUCUUCUCCCUGAUCCUGUCUGGUAGAAGAUA